CCCAAUAACAAAUAUGGUGGACUGUUACUGAGAGAAGCUGUGUGUGGUAUAUUUUGUUGAGAGAAUUAGAAGUAAACGCCAAUCAUGAGUGCGAAAACCAGCAACAGAGGAAAGAAAGUUAAAGUAUGGGGCAGGAUUCGCCCAACAGCAACUUUUGCACAUGAUAAUCUUGAAUUGAUGGGCGAUAAUAAGAGUGUCAAUGUCCACCAAAAACGAGACCCCAAAAAAGGUGUUGUGAACAAUCAAAUUUCAGACUGGUCUUUCAAACUUGAUGGAAUAUUCCACAAUGCUAAUCAGGAGGAAGUGUUUGGAACAGUGGCAUCUGAUAUUGUCACUGCUACCUUGGAUGGCUAUAAUGGUACCGUGAUGUGCUAUGGACAGACUGGCGCAGGCAAAACAUUUACAAUGACUGGUGCCACUGAGAACUACAAGCACAGAGGUCUCAUCCCCCGAUCUCUGUCGCAGCUGUUCCGUGAGAUUGAGGAGAGGCCAGAGCUGGCCAUCACUGUCAGAGUUUCCUAUCUGGAGAUCUACAAUGAGUCAAUGUUUGACCUGCUGUCGAGUCUGCCUGAUUCCUGGAACCAGGGUCAAGCAGAAACAAUGGUCGUUGUGGAAAACCAGGAUGGGGUGUUUGUUAAAGGGCUGUCAUGUCAUCUUGCACAGAAUGAAGAGGAAGCACUUAACCUGUUAUUUGAGGGGGAGACUAACAGAGCUAUAGCAGCUCACUCUCUCAACACAAUGUCAUCCCGAUCUCACUGUAUCUUCACUGUCUAUAUUGAGUCACGAUCUCGGGUUCAGUCAAAUGCCAGAUAUACAGUUUCCAAGCUAAAUUUUGUAGAUCUUGCAGGCUCAGAGAGAUUAGGCAAGACAAAGUCUGCAGGGAAAACUCAAACAGAGGCUAUGUACAUCAACAAGUCCUUGACCUUCCUUGAGCAAGUGAUCGUAGCGCUGGCAGACAAACGCCGGGAACAUAUCCCAUUCCGUCAGUCGAAGCUGACACACUACCUGAAGGACUCCAUAGGCGGGCAGUGUAAUACUCUGCUCAUAGCCAACAUGUGGGGGGAGAAAGCACAGAUUGAGGAAACUGUGUCAACCCUAAGGUUUGCAACUCGCAUGAUGUGCCUGAUGUGUGAGCCAGCAGUCAAUGAAGUCUACGACCCAGCUAUUCUUGUGAAGAAACUCCAGAGAGAGAUCUCUCACCUCAAAUCAGAGUUGGCCAUGCAUGAUACACUGACCAACAGAAGUCAGAUAUCAUAUGAGCAACUGUCAGAACAACAGAAGUAUGACAUCCGGCAGCAAGUCCAGAGCUACUUACAAGGAGAGAUGGAUGAAGUAGAUAUUGUGAAUAUACGUCAAAUACAAGGCGCAUACGAAUCCUUCAAGGAUAUAUAUCACCAAAUGGCACAAACAAUUGAGGACAAGCUUCGUCAGAAGUUUACGCUGAUUGACCGAACUGACCCAGCCGCCAUAGCAGCUGCCCAGCAGGCUGGAAUAAGCAUUGCUGAUGAUGGAUCUCUAGUUGGGGAGUCUGAUGGUUCCGGGUUUGGUGUUGGAACAGCACCAAGGUCGGCCAAAGCAGAGCCAUCAGCUGUUGUACAGCUGAGGAAGAAGGAGAAAGAGAAGGACCGGAGAAGUGGUACCAGAGGAGGGAAGCAGAGCCCUGUGGGUGGGAAGAGUGGGUCCUCCCCGUCCCAGAGUGCCAAGGGGGAUCGGGACACCAAGUCCCCACACACACCGGUCGAGAACACCCGCAAGGAUGACAAGGAGGUAGUGGAAGGAUCGGCCUCACCGGUCAGCUCAGCUGGACCUCCCACUCGAGCUGAGAAACAAGCACGCCCAAGUACACCCCCAGGCAGGACUGUGGCAUUUGAAGAAUUUAAACAGGAAAGAGGCAGUGAGAUCAACAGAAUCCUGGUGGAAAACAAAGAACUGCUGGGCAGCAAGACAAAGGCGUACAGUGACAUGGCCCGGCAGAUCAAUGCCGUCAAGACUGACAUAGACAAGAGCAGGUCCCAGCUUGAUCGUCUGAAGGAAGAAAGGGAGAUGAAUGGGCCCACUUUUAAUGAGGAUGGCGACAUCAUCAUCAGUGAAGCUGAGUUCAGGGAGAUCCAGGCCCUGAAAGAGCUGAAACAGAAAUACAAGACCGACUACGAAGAGCUGAAGCGGCUGAAGGCUGAAGUGCAGUACUGUCAGAAGCUGGUGGACCAGUGUCGGCAACGUCUCAUACAAGAGUUUGACACUUGGUACAAUGAGAGUUUUGUGAGCCAGGGAGAUGAGCAGCACACCAGUAUGCAAGCCGGCCACGGAGUCCGCCCAGGCAGCAUCAUUCCUUUCAACCCUAACGCCAUGCCGGAAGAUGAGCAGGAGAAGUUUGACCGCCUCCAGAUGGAGCUGCUGAUGAACAACCCAGAAUCUGCUGCCUUCUACAAUGCCCAGAUGAGAACACACAGAAGGAAAACAUACGAGUCUGCCAUGAACCAGCCCCAACCGGCAUACAGGAAGCCAGGCACGCCCACCAUGAUGGUUCGGAACAAGCCCCCCACUAUGCUACAGGUUCAAUACUAACUAUCAGGCCAUGCAGCAGUCAGCUGAUAGAAAAACACUCAUUAAUAUGUACAGUUGAUAUGACUUAUUAUUGCUUUGCAGAAUAUUUUGAGAUAUAUUUUCUCUGUGUUGGUAUGAAUGCAAAAUUUGUAAAUAUAUUUGCUAAUAAUGCUUAUGUCAUACUUGAUCAUUUAUUUUUAGGGCAGUACAAUUUUGAAUCUAGUUCUCACAAGUUUUCUGUUCAUUUUAUCAGCAACAACAGAAGUUUAAUAUUUUUAAUAUCAUGUGUAUCUGUACAUGACCUUGUUUCAACGAUUUGAUUAAAAAUAGGAUAUUGUCAGAAUUAGUUCUCCAUUUAAAACAAUCAUGCACUCAUAAGUCCAUUGAAGUAUGAUGCCUUUGAUCUCAGGAUUUUGGGACAAACUGUUUAUAUAUCUGUGGAAUCUCAGGAUAGAAACUGAAACAGAGUACUUAAUGAUUUUCUGAGAUUUUUUAAAAAGGAUUUAGUUUAUGUGAAUAUGUACAUGAUUGUUUGAAGGGACAUCUAUUUGAAUAUCACCUCUUAAAACCAUUUCAUGAAAGUGAACAUGAAUAUUCAAACAAAUAUGACAACUGGACCAACUGAAAUUAUUUCAGCUAAACUGUGAUUUUGAUAGAUGAUAGAUGUGCUCCAUUUGAAAUAUUGGAUUGAAACUAAUUCUUCUUGUGUUAUGGGCUUUAUGUAGAAUUUAUGAUUGUCAGUAUUCCGUCCCAAGAUUUUGCUUUAAGGUCUUGUUAUGUCAUAAGAGCAGUUGUGAUAGACGUUGUUAUUCUUUUGUUUUUAAUAUAUUUUUCUAUUUCUAAAGGAAAAUGUUUUGAAUAUUAACAAUGAAAAAAUAUUCCACUGUUUUGAACAGGUGAACAAAGAAUAUAUUGGGUCAGAAGAAUGUUUUUGUUAAAUCCCAGCAUGGAUGU